CCCCAGCCCCCCAGCCCCCGGCCCCUCUCCUGGCGCGAACUCUGGAAUCCGUGAGAACCAGCAUUCAUUAUUGGUGUCGCAUUGAGUGGAGUGUUUGUCAACCAAAGCGAUCUCGUUGGAACGCUCGACUGAACCCCGAACUGUGAACAUAAUUGGCUUGAAUAUAGACCGCCGACAUUGGAAACUUGCCCUUGCUCAACCCUGGUACAAGACUGCGACUCUGCAGCCAGCCUGUACGCACCUACAAUGUGUUUAAAUUUUGAGUCCCUAGGAGAAGGCCUAACAACGCUAGGCGUACUGGCCCGGGUUGCUCAAGCACAAGGAUCAGGCGAUCGCGGCAAAACUCGACUCUCACUGUGCGGUCCUUUUUCUUACUUCUGGCUCUCUCUCCUCCACCUCUUUAGCGGCCUCUCCUCGCCCUCUUCACGGUCAAGUUAACCGGGAGAAGGAAAAUUGGUUUUUAUCUGCAUCAACUAGGAAUUCCCUUCCGUGGAAGACGAUGGCCGUUUCCCAAAUCAGGGAGUUCCCAGACGGCUUCUUCGGAGACUGCGACGUGCGCAUUCUACUGAGAUUCAAUUCCAGCCAUAUUCCUGGAAAGCCAGGCAGGAGACACAUAGAACUCAUCACCACGUUCUUUGAGCAAAAAGUUGGACGACGAUAUAGCGAUGACCAUGAUUAUGUCCAUCUACCAAGCGCAAUCUUUGAACAUAAUGUCAAGUGUUGGAUGGUCAUAGACUUAUCGGUUAAGCGACGGAAAACUUUGGACAAUGUGCCUUUAUUUUGCUACCGAGUGCGGACAAGUAAUGACGGAGCAUCCGUCCAGUUUUUCCGCGUCAACUUUACCAAUGCCAGGCAUUACUCCAACAUUUUCCCCUGGGGACGUUUCCUAGGUUCUGAUACAUCUGAUGACUCCGGAGAGGAUGAGGAGAAAGGCGGAUCAGCUACUCCUGAGUCAUCUGAUCUGGAUCAUCCUGGGGGAGCUCUUGAGGUGGCCCAGCCAACCAACAGAACAGAUGUUGACAAAGGCUUAUCAACCGCUCCUCAAUCAACUGAUCCAGAUCACCCUGUGGGAAUGCAGAAGGUGGACACUGAACCAGAUGCUGAGAAAGUCUUGCCAGUGGCUCCUCAGCCCACUGAUCCGAAUCAUCCUGUGGAAGCGCCUGAGGUGACUUCUCCAACCACCGGAACAGAUGUUGAGGAGAGCCUUCAACCGACUCAGGGAGUCGGCCACGAUGAAUCCGCUAAGGAGCUUGAGUCAACUGCACCAGCCGAUGUGGACGAGCCUAUUGCAGAGCUUGAACCAACCCAAGCAGCCGAUGAGGUAACGCAUACUAAUCAGCUGGAACCGAGUAAUACGGCCCAUACAAACGAUCCGAACGCUAUGAGCGAGAAGGAACAGGGCAAUGAAUCAAAAGACAACGAUUCGCGAAAGGGUACGGGGUCUUUAGAGACAAAAGAGGUUCACCCAGUUGAUCCCUUUAUAUCUACUUGGGAAGUUCAGCAGUGGGUAGCAGUUGCGCCACUGAGCCCUAUCGACAGAUCUCAAGAACAAUCGAAUAAUCAGUCCGCGGAUUCGAAAACUUCUACCCCUCAAGCAGCAAAAACCCAGCCCCAGUAUCCGUGUGAGAAACCUUCACAACAACCCAUAACACCAGGAAAGGAAGCGUCGACCGCUGCAUAUCAUUCCACCCCGAAAAAAUUCAAACCAGGGCUGUGGUCACGGUUUUGGAAAGGUGUUAGUCGCCUCUAUCAUUCCAUCUGAUAUUUCCUGCGCAAGGGAUUUUCAAGGCACCAGCUUGAUUACGCGAAGCUUAUAGUAGGUCCGAGCUGCUGAGUGCAGCAGAGAAAUCGCCCUCCAAGACGAAAAUAUACAUUCGCUACAACUUCAAGACAUCCCACAGCCUGUCUUUCAUUACUCCUACGACACAGAGAGGUCGUCUAUUUUCGAUUGCGCGCGCGGAAACGCCAAGCUCUUCUCCAAUUAAAACCUUUUUUUUUCUUUUUUUUUUCUUUUUUUCUUUUGGAGGCGUUGCCGAGCAGUCAAAUCGGGGCAAUUCGAAUCAAUUCGGAAUCCUUUGAAUCUCAUUCAAUUCAAGUAAUAUAUCAUUCUGUAGUAAAUUUAAUAGAGAAUUCAAAAUAUGAAAUUGGAAAUUCUUAAAAAAUACUUUUGAAGAGAGAUAAAUGAAUUCGAAAAUAAAUAUUUAUAAUUAAUUAUAAAAAAUAAGAAAUUCAUUAACUUAGCUAG